GCUUUCAAAGCGUUACCAGAUGGAGGACUCGAUGACACGGAGGAUGCUGCUCCUCAAAACCUGCUGCAGAGUUUGGUGGCACUGGAAGAAGAGGACCGUGUUUGUGUAAACCAGGAUGUCACCUCAUGGACUGAAAGUGUUCCCGAAAUUGUCAAAUGUCUAUUGGCUGAAUCUUCUAAUGGUGUUGUCAAGACAACAGGAGGAGACCCUCAUUCAUUAGGUCUCACAGUUAUAACAGAUGACCUGGAACGUGCCAAGAAGAGGAGAUUCAUGAUCUACAUAUGUGGUGGAUAUAAAGACACGGUGGCAGAGAGGAGUGCGUUGAUGGAGACUGUGUUCCCUCGCCUGUACCUCUACUGCAAACAGAGGGGCUAUGACUUCAGAAUGGUGGACCUGCGCUGGGGCGUGGGAGACCCUGUGUCAGAUAGACACGACACGGCAGAGCUGCAUGUGGAGGCCCUCACACAGUGUCAGGAAACACUGGGGCCAAACUUCAUAUUGUUCCUUGGUCAGAAGUACGAGGUCCAGACCCUGCCCAGCACUAUCUCCAGAGAGGUGUUUGAGGCCAUCGUGAACGUGGUGGAGAAAGACAGACAGAAGAUGUCCAAGAGAAAACACCCCAAGAUGGACGACGUCAUCAGUGAUUCCAAGUCUAAUAUCGCCACAGGAAGUGACACGUGCAGCUUUGUUCCAGAACACAACAACGAUCAUGAUUCAGGCGAUCCAGCUCCGAAUUCUGUGUUAAUGAGCGAUGAGAUUUCCGUAUCCCGUAAUUCCCUCUCUGAUGCAGAUGAGACGCGGAUAAGUCCUGCGGCAACGAGGUGUUGGGCAGACUUCGACCGGGAUCUGAUCCUACUCCGGACGUGGUACAGACUAGAUGAGAACUGUGAUCCUCCUGUGUACCGCCUACUCCCUGUGAGCACCCAACAGCCUGACUUCCUGAGUAGAGAUGGCCAGCGUAGGAGGCAGGCGAGGAAGGCGUGGCAAGCUACAUGCUUGCACCUGUGGGGGGUGCUACAGAGGAGUGGGACAGAGGCUCUGGGGGAGGAGGGGACAUCUCACCUCCUCAGGACAGUUCUAGACUGGGAGGUAGAGCAGGGCCUCCAGUCACUAGGAGCCGAGGCCCCUCCAGAGGAACACUGCCACUGCUAUAAGAGGGUCAUCCCUGACCUCCACUACAGCCUGAGGAACGAACACGCCGCCCACUACAUCGACCUGCUGAAAGGUCGCCCGCAGGUCAACCACACCCUGAAAGCAGCACACCAGGGCUUCAUGGAUCGCGUUCACAAAAAGUUGCGCCACACCAACAUCUAUGAGCGUAACGUGGACUGGGGAAGGAAGGGCCUGAACCCCAAACAUAACCGAUCCCAACAGUUCUACACAGAACACAUCUCCUCUCACUUCCAGAGGACUGUCAUCAACUCUCUGAACAAAGUCAUGAAGGGGAACAAAGUCAAAGGCUCCUUUGACGUCAGACGGAGAGAAGCAUCUAGAAUGAGGAUACAGGAGGAGAUCCAUCGCCAUGUUAACCAUGGACGCACUCUGGAAAAUCACCAUGUGUUGAGAGAUGGCUUCCUGGGUGAGAUGAGGAGGGCUGUGGAGGAAGGGUCUUCUCUCAGACCUAUCCUCCUACUGGGUCCCCCUGGCUGGGGCAAGAGCACCACCAUGGCCAGACUGGCACACCUCGCUCCCUCCUGGAUUACUGGAGCUGUGAAGGUGCUGGUGUGUUUCGUGGGCCUGACGGGGGAGAGCAGGAAUGUGCGCCUGGUUCUCCAGCACCUGUGUGUUCAGCUGGCUGAGAACUACAGCCACCACACUGAUCUCUCUGAGGGUCUCCCUCAGUUGGUGAAUGAGUUCCACUCCCUGCUGGGUCAGGUGAGAGCGGACAGCCCCGUAAUCCUUGUGCUGGACGGGAUAGAUGCUCUCUCUGAGGAGCACGGAGCAGACGUCUCCUGGCUGUGUACACCUCUCCCCCCAAACGUCCACCUCGUCCUGUCUGCCACCACAGACUCGGCCUGCGCCCACACCCUGCAGAAGUCAGCCCAGCCCACUGUCCUGUCCCUACCACCCCUCAGUCCUGAUGACAUCACUAAGGCUCUAAAACAUCAACUCCAGACUGACCACCGCAGGCUCCAGGACUGGCAGUGGCAGCUUCUCCUCCAGGCCUGCCUUUCCUGUCCCUCCCCUCUCUACCUGGAGGCUGUCUAUGCUGAGUCCGUCCUCUGGAGCUCCUUCUCCCCCCAGGGCAGCCUAGGCCUCCCACCCGACCUGGAAGGGCUCUACGUAGGCCUGCUGGCUUGCUUGGAGAGGGUCCACGGGGAGCAGCUGGUGGGACGGGCAGCCGCGGUUAUAUCACUCUCCAGAGGGGGCGUCACGGAAGAGGAGCUACUGGACCUGCUGGGGAGAGAUGGGAAGGUUCUGCAGGAAGUAUCGCUCUCCCAUUCAUCCUCCACUUCCUCCUCCAGCCUUCCCAGGGUGCCGUGCGUGCUGUGGGCGCGGCUGAGACGAGACCUUGGGAGUCACCUGACGGAGGCGGAGACAGACGGGACGUGGGUCUACCGCUGGACCCACUCCGAGCUGGGUAGGGUGUGUGUGAAACGAUACCUCGAAACGGACGAUUCCCGCAUGGUUCUACACGCAAACUACGCAGACUACUUCCGGGGUACGGAUAGCCAACACAGGAACAUAUUUCAGCCGCUGGCGUGGACACUGGAGGAGGACUCGACAAAAAGUUAUGUGUUUAACCUCAGAAAGCUCCACGGCCUGCCCUACCACCUGGUUCGGUCAGGCCAGAUACUGGCCUUCCUGUCUGAGUGUGUGUUUAACUAUGAGUUCCUGCUGCACAAGGCCUGGGGUCUGUCUGUGCUCCAUGUACAAGAGGACCUGAAGGGCGUCGUGCUGCCAGAGAAGUAG